CAAAACAUCUUGAGGCAAAUGUUUUAGCUUAUGUCCACUUUUGUCCCUUUACAAUCCUAACCCACUUGCCUUCCUAAAGGGUCCACUUAAUUGUACCAUACCCUACCUUACCAUGAACCUUCCUAUCACUCUCUCUCCCUCUCUAACUUCUAGUCAUGAUUUUGACUCAAAUCCUCUUACAACCCUUAAUCCCUUAUCCCUAAACAAACCCACUAAAACUCAAAUAUUUUUUCUCUCUCAAAUCAUCAUCAUCAAGACGAAACCACUUUCAACCAACCUAUUUAAUACCUACCCCUAUUAUUUAAGCCCACAAUUCAUUCCACACCCCAAACAAACCAAAACCUUCUCUCUGUUUUUCUUUCACUCAAACAUUUCAUCAAACACUUUCCCUCGCUCGCUAACAUGACUCGACCGCUAAGAAUUCUCCUUUCAAUGGAAACCACACCCACCACCGUAGUGGUGGCACCGCCACCGGAAGCCGUAGCUAUAGAAUCAGAUUUCGUUGUAAUUCUCGCAGCUUUACUCUGUGCUUUAAUAUGUGUUGUUGGACUCAUCGCCGUCGCUCGUUGUGCUUGGCUCCGACGAGACUCCGGCGCCGGAAACUCACCUCAACAAGCUUUAGCCAACAAAGGACUCAAGAAAAAAGUUCUACAAUCACUUCCCAAAUUCUCUUACGUCGAUAGCAACCCUGGAAAAUGGUUAGCAACAACAGAAUGCGCGAUUUGUCUCUCGGAUUUCGCCGCCGGCGAUGAGAUCCGUGUUCUUCCACAGUGUGGACAUGGUUUUCACGUGGCUUGUAUUGAUACAUGGCUUGGGUCACACUCAUCUUGUCCUUCUUGUAGGCAGAUUCUGGCGGUGACGAGGUGUCAGAAGUGUGGUAGGUUUCCGGCGAACGGAGGUGAAGCUACCGGAGUUACGGUUAGUGAACCGGAGAUGAAAAGUAGAGAAGAUAGCAAUGUCGGUGCAAAUAGUAAUAGUGGGGGUGUUAGUAGUUGUAGUAAUAACUCUGCACAUCACAAUCAUAGUGGAAACAGUGGGUUCUUGCCUUAAAGAAGAGAAAACAACUUUUAGUUUUUUUUUAUUUUUUAUUUUGUAUUUAUUUAGUAGGUUUUUAAAUUUUAAUUUUUGUACUUUUUUUCUUCUUAACCCUUCAAAAUGAUCAAAAGAUAUCUGAAUUUGGACAAUUUUUAGUAUUGUA